UUCAUAAAGCAUUGAAAAUAAUUUACAUCUCAGUCACUCAACUGCAAUUAGGUAUAAAUUCCAAUAUAUUGUUUAUUUGUAGUCAUACUAUACUUGACAAAAUUUAAACGUUAUUGUUUCAUAAUAAGGACAAUAGUAAGAUGUGACUUGCUCUGGGUUAUGGGAAUCUUGAAAUGGUUGCUGUCUUGCCAUUUCUAAAAUGGUAUGCUUUUACAUUUUAGUAGUCUCAUUAAAAUGUUUGAGAUAUUUUUUAUUUUAUACCAUCUUUCUUUUAGGCCAGACUAGCCUAGAACUCACAACAUCACUCAGGCUGUCCUUGAAUGUGGUAAUCCUCCUGCCAUGGCCUCCUCAGUGCUAAGCCACCAUACCUAGCAUGGAUAUGACUUACCAGAGAAUAUAAACCACAAUGUAUUCCCAAUAUCGUUAUCAGCUACAGUGCCCUUCCAUGUAGUAGCCCACAAAAGCUUCCUAGUGAGAUCUGAGCUUGCUUUACACAGCAAGAUUGUGUUAGGGGAUUCCUUGACCACAUGCACGGUUACCAGGUGUCUGGGAUGGUCUGCACUUGGCUGCACUGGAGGGAGAUCUUUUGCUCCAUCCCUUGGAAUUCCUUUAAAAGCCCUUUAGUAGAGAAAGAAGGAGCUGGUGGAUUUUGAUUCAGGUCCUGCCGAGGCUAUCCUGUGUUUCUGUACUUCUUCUCAUUGUCUAGGUAUCUCUUUCUAUCUAAAUAUUCCCCACUUCUCCCUGAUCAUGGGUACCCUGGUUGUAAAAGUGAGGGCUGGUCCCCCACACUUCCAUUUUAAACACUUAUAGUCACAAACAUUUCCCACUGAACAGUUUGAUGGAAGAAAUGAAUAUAAACUAGUUAUGGUGACACAUGCCUGUGUUUUCAGCCAUGGUUGGUUGAGUCUGUGGAGACUGCCUCAAGUUCCAAGUCAGCCUGGAUAUGAAACUCGUUAAACUAAGGCACUAAAACAACAACAACAACAGUAACAAACACCUAAAAUUUAUGGAAGCCCUGACAUUCAGGACUGGAGCUAUGGCUCACUGGUUAACAGUGCUUGCUGCUCUUCCUAAGGGCAGUGGUUCAGUUCCUAGCACCUAUGCUCUAUGGCUCAUAACCGCCAGUAACGCCUAUCUUCGAGGAUCUGACACCCAAUUUUGGCCUCUGUGAUCAUGGGCAUAGAUCUACACAGACAUACAUACAAAAACAUAAAAAUACAACAGGACACCUCCCCACAAAUUGUGGCGUUCCAUAAUGGAGAGACCUGUACAUAUUUUCCCUAGUCCAAAUGCGUCUUUAUAAAGAUACUAGUCAGUGCUUGAUACUACAUGCUGUUUUUGUUUGUAAAGAAUAUUGUUCUCUUUUUAAAAUUUUUUUGAGCCCAAAUCUUGUGUAGCUUAGCCCAGCCUAUCCAGGAACUGUGUAAACCAGGUGGGCUUCAAGCUCUUGGAGAUCCUCCAAUCUUAAAUCUCGCCAGUGUACGAGUUACAGUUGCUGGAAGUUGACACACUUCCCAUGUUUAAAAUUCUGCAUAGCAACAAAAAGCUCUCGAAAGAGGACUUUGUAAUCUCACGAGAAUCUGGGAACAAGUGCAAACAGUUGCUGGGCAGUUGGCAUACAUUCCAUAUUUAAAAUUCUGCAUAGCAACAAAAAGCUCUCGAAAGAGGACUUGGUAAUCUCGCGAGAAUCUGGGAGCAUGGGCAGCAACUGCCUCUUUUGAUAGCUGAUUGGCUGCUCAGUAAGUGUGAGGUUGGUUGUGAGGUUGGCUGUGAGGCGUGGCAUUGGGCACUGGCAUUCUGCCAUAGCUCCAGAGGCGGUUGGAGGUACCGUCUUUCUCAGAGUCCAGAGACUGCCACCGAGCUUCUGUCUAGAAGUCACCUCGUGAGUCCCACACACCUCUGCUUAUAAAGCCAUCAAACCUCACCUAGUCCUCAAAAGAUGAUGAGUAAGGGUGGGGUUGGGAGCAAUGACAGCUCUUCUGGUGGUGAUGGGGCUAGUGGAGCUAGUGGCAGCCAUGAGGAAACCAGAGGUCAGGACUUGGGGCUUCCCUUGACCAUGAUGAGUAGGCCUGGAAUUCACAGCAUUGUGCCUUGCUUCAUAAGUCAGUUGCUCACUGCCAUUGAGGUUGAUAAUGUAUUUAAGGUCAGGGGGUUUACACUUCACCGGGUCUCCAUCGUGGGGAUGAUUAUGGAGGCCAAGAAAGCUUCGCAGUACAUCAUGUACAAGAUCGAUGAUAUGACCGCAAAGGGUAUUGAGGGCAGGCAGCCCCUGUCUCGAGAGAGAGCCAGGCAACCUGUGAUUCCGCUGCCAGUUGGAGUGUAUGCCAAAGUGCUUGGUGUCCUCCAGUCCUCGGAUGGAAGCACACUGCUUGGGAUCCUGAGCAUCCGCAUUCUAGAAGAUAUGAAUGAGCUGUCCACACACACCCUGGAGGUCGUCAAUGUCCACAUGAUGCUGGAUCAAAGCCAUGAAGGCGUGACCACAGGAAGGCAGCUCUUGACGCAGGCCCGAGCCCCAGAGUCAGUUGCCAGGGUUUCUAAGUAUUCUGGUCUUAAUUUCAUCCAUAAGGAGGUGCUGUUUCUGAUUCAAGAGUGUUCUCACCAGGAAGGGAAGGCUGUCACUGAGGUGCGAAGGGAGCUCCUUGGAGUUACUGAGGAAGCCGUCACUCAAGCCAUCGAGUAUCUGAUUAUGACAGGACACAUCUCGCCCACCAUCGAUCGCCAACACCUUAAAAUUGUUGGCUGAGACAAAGAACUGAGUGAAGUUUCUGAAGAUGUUUUUGUUUUGCUGUUUUGACUUUUAGGAAAUACUAUUUAUUUCAAAAGACAACAAAAAGUAAAAACCAAAAACAAAAACAACCAAAAAAACCAAUCAAAACUGAGCAAAAUUCUCAGCUGGCAUCUGUUAACGUGCUAUUUCUAGCUCUGUUAAACUUGUUCUGAAGGUAUUUGAAGAGUGUUGGACCCAAAGACUGGACUUUAGUACAGUUUCUUUCCAAAAUAGUAGAAAUACCGUAGGAUAGAUUUGUAGAAGAAAAAAAUUGUGUCCAAAUUAGAAUUAUUUUUCCUGUUUCAAUUAAUCUUUGUCAUGUUAACUUUCCCUAAAUAUGAUACAAGA